UCCUGAAUGUGUCAGUGUUAUGUUGUUCUCAUUGAUUAGGUUUGAGGUUAUGAUUUAUUCUUUUUGAUGUGAAGGUUAAAAAUAGUGAAAAUUAACAGGAAAUCAUGAAUUACAAAAGAAAUAGAGGGCGUCGAGGACGCUCUGAAAAUAACAGAUUCAACACGAGUCAAAGGAGACAUGAAUCUCCGAGUAAUUCCCAAAAUCGACAACAACGCGUUCCGAGACACCCUCCUCAUCUUCGAGGUAGAGAAAUAGGGUUGUAUUAUGCCCGCAAAAAGUGGCUCAAUACAGAGAAUGGUGAAAAUUGCGUUACAUCUGGAAAGGGUGACGUGAAACUACCGCAGAUCAAACCGAUAGGUAGAGUUGUUUUAUCUGAAACCAGACAAAAUUUCAUUGAAAGUUCGCUAAAAAAUAUGGAUCUCAUUGGAAAAAUGUUUAUCACAGACGAUGGCUCAUACGACCACGUGUCAGAAUCGUCCUUUAAGCGAAAUUUUCUUAGAACAAUCCAUGGUAACAUUGACGACAAUUUGAAAGCGUUACCGCCUAUGGAAAGAUAUCCUCAUAUUGAUGAAGCGUUAUAUGAGGACCUGAUGUCUCGUAAAUCUGAUUCUGCAUACAAUUAUAUGCUGGAAGUAAGAAAGAAACUUCCAAGCUUCGAUAAAAGGGACGAUAUUCUCAAAAUCAUUGAUGAAAAUCAGGUAGUUGUAAUCAGUGGUGAAACGGGGUGUGGAAAGACCACGCAAGUUUCACAAUUUAUUCUUGAUGAUUAUAUAAUGAAAAAGAAAGGUUCGCUAUGUCGAAUUGUAUGCACACAACCGAGAAGAAUAAGUGCGGUAUCUGUAGCAGAAAGGGUUUCUGAUGAAAGAGCUGAGAAAUUGGGAAAGAGCGUUGGCUAUCAAAUUAGAUUAGAGAAGGAACCUCCACGCGAGCGAGGAUCCAUAAUAUUUUGUACAACCGGUGUAGUAUUAAAAUGGAUGGAAGUAGACGCUUGUUUAAGUAAUGUAUCCCAUCUCAUAAUCGACGAAAUUCAUGAGCGUAAUGUUAUGUCCGAUUUUAUAAUCGCUCUGAUGAAAAAAUUAAUAAUCCAUCGUAAAGAUUUGAAAUUAAUUCUGAUGAGUGCAACGUUAAACGCCGAAAAGUUUUCAAAUUAUUUUGACGGGUGUCCACAUAUCAACAUUCCAGGAUUUACAUAUCCCGUUGAGGAAUAUUAUUUGGAGGACGUUCUUCAAAUGACCGGGUUUGAAUUUUCCGGGACAAAAGAAUUGCUGUUUGCGAAAAAAAAAAAUUUAAAAGGCAGCAAACGAAAAAAGAAAAAUGUAACCGAGAAAGAGAAUGAAUGGAAUGACUUCAUAGAACCGUACAUACGAAAUUUAGAAGCCAAAAAGCAAUAUUCACGUCAUGUCUGCGAUCAGCUAAGAAAUCCUCAAAGUGAAAAAAUAAAUGUUGAUCUCAUAUUGUCAUUGUUAAUCCACAUUUGUCGAGAUGACGAGAACCUCGGUGCCAUACUGAUCUUCUUAACGGGACUUUCGGAGAUAUCAGCUCUUAUAAAAUUAAUGGAGGGUUCAAGAAAAUUUCCCUCGAAUCGUUUCAUUGUCGUUCCUCUUCAUUCCCUGUUAUCAACGGUUGAUCAGAAAAGGAUUUUCGAUAGACCUCCACCAGGUGUAAGGAAAAUAGUCGUUGCCACAAAUAUUGCCGAAACGUCAAUUACGAUUGACGAUGUUGUGUUUGUAAUCGAUUGUGGAAAGAUUAAAAUGUCAAAUUACAAUGUCCAAACAAAUACGCAAACGCUUUUACCUGAAUGGGUGUCUUUAGCCAAUUCCAAUCAACGCAAAGGAAGAGCCGGAAGAACACAACCGGGAGUUUGUUUUCAUUUAUACACCAAAAUUCGUAGAAUCACUUUGGAAGAUUUUCAACAACCUGAAGUGUUACGAAAACGUUUGGAAGAUACAAUUCUGACAUUAAAAAUGCUUAAACUUGGAAAGGCCGAGCCUUUUUUGCAGUGCCUCAUGGACAGUCCUGAUCCAAAGGCAGUAGAAUUGUCCAUUCGUCUUCUAAUCCGACUUAAUGCCUUGGAUAAUGACGAAAAAUUAACACCACUGGGAUACCAUUUAGCUAGGCUACCAAUGGCUCCACAGAUGGGGAAAAUGAUACUGAUGGGUGCUAUUUUUAGUUGUUUGGAUCCAAUUUUGUCUAUUGCAGCAACGCUGGACUUCAAAGAUGGAUUUGUUGCUCAGUUAGGAAAAGAAAGGGAAUUAGACCGCAAAAAAUUAGAAUUGACAAACGGAAUAAAAAACGAUCAUUUAGUUUGUAUUGAAGCUUUGAGAAAAUUUGAAUCUUCCACCCAUAAAAACAGAUUUUGUUAUGACAAUUUUCUAAGUUGGAAUACCAUGAGAUUGCUAUGCAAUAUGAAACGGCAGUUUAUGGAGUAUCUCCAUGAAAUGAACUUUGUACCCAGUGCCGAUCCUAAAAAUCCUGAAUGUAACGUCAACUCAGACAAUACCAGUCUAAUUCAAGCUGUUGUAUGUUCAGGACUUUAUCCGAAUGUUGCCAUAAUGAGAAAGAAGAAAUCUUCACGAUACAGUUACUCCUUAAGAACGAUGGAAGAUCAUACUUCAGUUAAAUUUCAUCCUAAAUCCAUAAUGUCCAUGUGCGAGGCGGAAUAUAUUGGUACCAAUGCGGUUGUGUACCAUUUGAAACUGAAAUCAUCCCAAACAUUUUUACAUGACGCGUCGGUCGUUAAUCCACUGUCGUUAUUAUUUUUUGGAGAUACUUACGUCCAGAACGAAGAGGAUGACAAAUUUACAGUAGGGGUGGGCACAAAUAUAAACUUCAUAACUAAUCCUGGAACAGCAGCUAUCAUUAAGGAAUUAAGGAGUAGACUUAAUUGGUUUCUGGAAUAUAAGGCUGCUAAUCCUGGUCCAGUCAAUUGGAAAACGAACGAAGAGGAAUCUAAAUUGCUCCAAGCCAUUAUGGAACUUAUCACGUCAGAAGAUAAGGGCGAAUUAAGCGAUAGUGAAGACGAUUGCGUCUUUGUAAAUGAAGACGUAAAAAUUGGAGAGAAUGACUUGAAGAACGAAAUAAAUGAGGACAGAAUAAAACAUGAAGUGGAAGACGUCAUAGACGUGGAAGACGUCAUAGACCUGGAAGAUGUCAUAAAAGAAGACCAUUUCGUUGUACUGGAUGAAUGUCACAGUGAUGCAGAUGAUGAUGUGCAAGAAAUUCCUAAGGAGGAACCCAUGUCUAUCGAUAUUCCGAGCGGUGACGAAGAAGUUGAUGUCAAGAACAGUGAUUGUGUGAAAAGUGAUCCAUAUUUAACCGAAAUGAAAUGUGAUGAGAUAGGAGUAGAGUGCAAUAAUAAAGAAUAACUACUUUGA